CCGGCAGAGUCAGUUUGCGCCUGCGCGGACUCCUCGUGGUUCCGGGUCCGCUUCGGUUCUGCGAGCUCUUCGCGGAGAGACGGAGGCUCCGGCCCGAACCUCGCAGGAAACCCGUUUCCCUCCCUUGAACCUGCUGCGAAAGUCUGGCCUCGGGUCAUUGGCAGUUUCUUUGAAAUCCUCGCAGACUCGGGCGUGGUCAAGGUCGCGCGGCCGUGGCGGCGUCGGCGCCUGGAUUCGCGCACGAACUGAAGUCAGGUCUGAGCCCUGCGAGGCUUCGUGGAGCCAAGAUGACCCACUCUUUGGUUUGUCCGGAGACAGUGAGCAGGGUGAGUUCAGUGCUGAAUCGCAACGCCAGGCAGUUCGGAAAGAAGCAUCUAUUCGACCAGAACGAGGAGACGUGCUGGAACUCGGACCAGGGCCCCUCCCAGUGGGUGACACUAGAGUUUCCCCAGCGCAUCCGUGUCUCCCAGCUGCAGAUCCAGUUCCAGGGGGGCUUCUCCAGUCGCCGGGGCCACCUGGAAGGUUCCCAGGGGAGUGAGGCUCUUAACAAGAUUGUGGACUUCUACCCUGAGGACAACAACUCACUUCAGACCUUCCCUGUGCCAGCUGCCGAGGUGGACCAGCUGAAGGUGACAUUUGAAGACACCACAGACUUUUUUGGCCGAGUAGUCAUCUACCACCUGCGGGUGCUGGGGGAGAGGGUGUGAGGCCAUUGGGUAGCUGACUCCUCCAAGAGGCCCUUGGGGAAAUACAGUGACAUUCUUCAGGUUAUGCAGAGAAGGUUUAUUGGUUCCUCUUGGGAAGGAUCCCCUCCUACUGUCUGUCCAGGAGCUGCCUUUGAAGCCAGUUCUGGGUUUCCCCAGCUCUGGGUCAACUGUUUUGUUCCCUGAGUAUCUGAGUCCCCAGCAGGCAGUCUUCACUCGGGAUCUGCGGGCACCAGGUUGCUCUGGAAGAGUUUGAGGAUGUGGUUCUCGAUCACCUGUUGCACUGGAAAUAGGACAGGGAAAACGUGGGCGGUAAAUUGAAUAGAGGCAGAGGCACCAGCCAAAUUGUACACUUUCCUGGCGGAUGAGCUGGGGUAUCCCAUUGUGAGAACUGCACUUGUCUCUCGGGGGACAAAGCUCAUGUCUCUAAGCCGGGCCCUGGGACACGGAUGGAGGACCCACUUCAUGCAUGGGGAAAUACACACUCUUCCCAGAGUACAGUGGGAGGAUGGAGGCACCCAAGCCAGGAGACUCAACUUCCCUAUCGUUUGUAAAAAUAUAUUUAUGGAAGUUUUUUAGAGUCAUAAAAAUAAUCUUUACCAAUCAAAA